GCUGGGGUGGAUAAGGUUACUUUGAACUCCAUAUUUCAUGUUUCCUGACAUACCCCCCCAAAGAACAGCAAUUAUGUUAGUGAGGCUGCAGUAGCGUUAAACAGCUCUUUCCCAGAUCUUUUGUUUUGUUGGGGUUUUUUUUUGCUGCUUCUCCAUGCUUUCCUUCCCUGUUUAGAGAUGAGCCUUUCUGCUGUUUGUUUGCCAUGCGCAUGGUUCUUAGGAUAUUAGAGAAAACUCACUGGAAGGCAUGGCUAUUUUUGUUAGAGGCUGAUACUUAAGACUGAGCUUGAAGUAUUGCUGCUGGAAGGCCUGAGGUUGCUCGGUGAGGGCAGGAGUCUGCAGAGGAAAGAGAAAGUUCAGAGGGGCACAAAAGAAGAACGAACAGAAUUAGAAAAAGUGGAGUACCUCCCUCCUGCUUGUUCUGCAGCUCCUGCAAGAGUGAGCAACCCAGAGGUAUUAUCUAAGCUGCCACUGUAGAUCUUGACCUUUUUAACAGAGUAUCUCUUACCAUCAUCAUCAUGGCCGAGGUUACAGCAGAAGGACGUAUGUCUACGACCACUACAGUAACAGAUGGUAAGAAUGGAUCUGUUCCAUCAUCCAUGAGAAUGGCCAAGAAAUCAGUUACAGAAGACCUUGUGACAACAUUCAGCUCCCCAGCAGCAUGGCUUCUUGUUGUGGCUCUGAUUGUUACCUGGUCAGCAGUAGCUAUUGUAAUGUUUGACCUGGUGGAUUACAAAGGCUUUGCAGCCAGCUAUUCACAGCGUUGCGAUGAUCCCUGUUUACCACCUGGAAGAUCUGUUAACAAGCUCAGCACAGAACCACUGAGAAUCAUUCAUGAGACACUGGAAGAAUCCACUGACUGGCUUUAUGGCUUUAUUUCUUUACUGUCUGACAUCAUAUGGAGUGACGAUGAUGACAAUGAUGAAGGUGAAGUGGAAUCUUCUGUGACAAAAGAAAUUCAUAUAGAGAAAACAGAGAGAUAUGAAAAACGAACAACACCGAAAGUAAUUCACAGAGAAAAGCCUCAAAAACAAGAAAGAAAUGAAAGGAAGGAACAUCUGAAAGUGACACACAAAGACAGAUCAGAAAAACCUGAAAAAAGGGAGAGGCAUACAGUGAUCCACAGAGAGAAAUCUGAAAAGCCAGAAAAGCAUGAAAAAAAAGCACCUUCUAAAGUAGUUCAGAAACACAAACUUGAAAGACAUGAAAGAACUGAAAAGAAGCCUCCUCCCAAAGAGGAGAAGAAAGUAAAGCACACCAAAGUGGAAACAAAAGUUAAAAAGGAAGUGAAGGAUGGAAAAGGAGAAGCAAAGACGACCGAGAAGAUCAAGCAGACAGAGACUAAAACAACAGAAGUUGGGUUAAUAAAGGCCAAACCGAAAUUCAAGGAGGAGAAAGCUCUUCAGCCUCUUACUAAAUCGGAAAAGAAAGAUCAAUAUGCGUUCUGUCGCUAUGUGAUUGACAUGUUUGCGCACAGGGAUUUUUAUCCAGGACACAAGGAAAUGGUAUCACCUCAUCUUCUUCUAGAGCAUAGUCCAAGAAAGAAACCAGCAGCUAUUGAAGAGAGAAAGGAGGAAAAGAAAGUGAUGGAUGUAAGGAGGACUACCUCUGAAACUAAGAAGAAAGAAAAAGAAGGGAAAAAAGAGAAAGCACAAGAGAAAACAGCCACCCCUGAAAUUAAAAAAGCAGAUAAAAAAGAAGCUGCUGUGACCAAAGAACUCAGAAAGCCAACAAAAGCCCCUGCAGCUUCUCCAGCUACUAAAAAAGCAGCAGCACCAGAUCACAAGAAAGAAAAAUCUGUGGAAACUGCCAGAACAGCGAAGAAAGACCUAAAAGCACAUGCGUCUGUAGAAACUAUGAAGUCAAAAACAGUACAUGAAAAGAAGGAAGUAAAAGCAACAAAGGCAGCAGAGAAAGAUAAACCAAAGAUGAAACAUGCAAAUCCUGGAAAAGAGAAAGAAUUGAAAUAUUCAGCUGCUAUCAAGGAUAAAGAACAUGGCAAAGAAAAGGAAGGAAAGAAUUCUACAGCUCUAAAAGAUAAAGAAUCACUGAAAGGAAAAAAUCCCAAGAAUCCAGAAGGGUCAAAGGAAAAAGAGACUGGUAAAAGAAAAGAUGUGAUGGCUCCAACAGUCUUAAAGGAAAAGGAUUCUUCAAAAGGAAAGGAAAUUAAAGUCCCAGCUAUGACAAAGGAUAAAGCUGCGGUGAAGAAGCAAGAGGAGAAGAAAGGCACUUCAGAGAAACCUCACGAACACAAGCAUGAACAUAUUAAACAUAAAAAAUCAAUCUCUCACACUAAGCCAGAGGAGAAAAUUAAACAACAAAAGACAGCUCCCACUGAGAAAUCAGUCCAGGCAAAGCCAGCAAAGCAUGAAGCAGUCAGGCAUGAAAAAGAUGUUCCACAUACAAAGCCAGUCAAACUGAAAACAACUGCAAAGUCAACAAGUGAAAUCCAAAUAACAGCCCCGAAAAAAAGAAAGACGUCUAAGCAAAAAGAAGAAAAAGCAACUGAGAAGAAACAUCUGAAAGAUGAAAAACACAAAGGAGCUCCACCAGCAAAAGAAGCUCCAAAACACCACAACCUGACAUCAGCUCCUGUCCGCUACUUUCAAUGUGUUUUCAUAAAUGGACCUAACGGAUUUGGACUGCAGUUUCCUACCAAUCCUUCUUCAGACAAGGAAGAAAAGAGUCACUCAAAGACUUCCAAGAGAAAGACAAGGAAGCCAGGACAGUAGAGAGACUGAGUCCUGUGAUUGCUCGCAUUUUGCACAUUAUCUUUUCUGCUGAGGUCCACAGUAGUCACAGUGGUACUUGUCAUUGCAAGAAUGUGAUCCAUUUGUCACAUGUACCUGGAAAAGUUUCCAUGAGACACGGGCAAAACAAAGAGUAAUAAGCUGUGUUUGACAAAGGCAGAGAAGUAAAAGCACCCCAUUUCUCGUGGAAAGGCUGCUAACAAAGCAUUGGCCUGAUUGUGUGUGUGAGCGUGUGUGUGAUUUCCUGCCUCUUUAGCUCCGUUUUUCUUAACCUGCUCAGCAUUAAAGUCAGUCUGUUUUCCAUUUAUUCUUAACUAGGGAGUGUGAGGCUGAACAUAGCUUUUAUAUCAGCAAGAUUGCAAGACUGCCGGCAAUCCUGAAUCACUUCUUAAAGUUCAAUCAAAUUGCUGACAGGAGAAAGUCUCAAUAAAUCAUGAAAAUGUGCCCUGCAACUGGUGCUAUUUUUAUUUCUCAUUGACUAUUGUGGCUUGAAGUUCACAAUUGCUAUCAGCAGCUCAGCAUACUACCAGUAAGUUGAUUCUUCAAGUCAUGCUAAUGAUGGAUAUUUCUGUUUAACUUGAAGCAGUUAAAGGCACUAUGUUUGCCCUGCCUGCUGGCAAAAUACAAGUAGUUCACAUUAUAAAGCCCAAAGUGAGAAGAGAAAGUAAAACAACAUGGCAAAGGUGAGAAAAAUCGAUGUUUUAUCAACAUGCCGAUCCCAAGAAACAAGCAAAACAAAACAAAACAAAAUCAGAUCUAUUUGCAGCAAAAACCAUGAAAAUUGAGGAUACACCAGCCAACCAUUUUCUAUGAGCAUAAGAUGAAAAGCUGUGAUAUAUGAUGCUGGUCAAAACAUGAAACCAAUCCAAAUACCCAGGGUGCAUGCAUGCCAAUUUGUUACAAUCUCAGAUCAGUGAGAGAAAAAAUAAAAAUAAAAUCAGAAGCAUAUGCAAUAAUCUGGGUAGUUGAUUUUACUAGAAGUAACUCCUCCCCAUAGACAGAGUUUCUGAGCUAUUAGAAGGAUUUUUUCAGAAUACAUCCCUGUUGAUAAAUUAUAGAUGAGAACUGAAAGUAAGUAAGCCUAUCUUCAACUUUCUUUUGUUUGUUUCUAUAGAAAUAAUUGAUUGGUUACCUUAGGAAAACGAUGGGAAGACAUUAAAUCCCUGAAAACCCUUAACUGAAAAUCAGUACCUUGCUUGUUUAUACAUCUGACAAUGUAAAAUGCUACGCAUUUUCUCAAGCUGCUGUAUGCUUGCAUUUAAUCUAUAAAAGGUACAGCAGUGAUCUUAGAGACACAACUACCAGCUGAAGGAGCACUACAUUCAUUGUACAACUGGAUACUUGUAGCAUCUGACUGCACCUGUAACAAUCCAUUGCUCUAUUUUCUGCAUAAUUCCAGGCAAUAUCACUGCUUUUCCCCAUUCUCUCUGCCUGCCAACCUGCUCAUAUCUCAAUUAAAUAACUGACUCACAUGUGUUUCGGACAACUGAAUCUCUGACAAACUAAUGCAAUUCAGAUUGCUUUGCUGUUGCACUGUUGAGUCAAGCUGAUACUCUGAUUAUUGAUCACGGCCUCAUAUAGACUAGAUCCAGUCUCAUAUUUUGUCCUUUGCUGUAAAAUCUGUGAUUGCAACAAGCAACUUAGAUAAUGGUUUCUGAAAAGAGGUAGGAUCAUUCUCUAGGAGUAGCUCUUUCCAUACUGGAGUGCAUGGCAGAUAAAAAAAAGUUCAGGCCUCCGCUGUUACCUGUGAAAUCAUUUUCGCAGAUUUACAGUGAUAUAAAGCUGCUGGCAGAGAAUAUUUCAUGAUAAAAUGUCACUUGUUACUUUUGUUUCAGUAGGCCUUUUUAUAUUUCCAGUGUUGGGUUCUUUUGUUUUGGUUUUGUUUUUUUUCCCCAAUUUAUGAUUAUGUGUAUAUUAUUAUGGAUGUUAUUGCCUUAGGCUUGUAUUGUGAAUCUUAAAAUAAGACUAUAACUUUCCAAAAAUCCUUUAAUUUCAUUCAGGACUUUAUCCAAUUUCAAUAAUCAAAGCAAGAUUGCACUAUAAGCCUUCAUUUUUUUCAACAAUUUUUACCACUGUCAAUUCCAUACACUAUGAUUAGCCAUAACUUUUCUUUCUCAUUUGAGUUGAGAGGUGGUGAGGAUAUGUUUCAUGUAUCAUUCCCAUAAUGUCUCAGUUAUGCCUCUGAGCGCUCUGUAAACAUAAAUAUUGAUUAUCACUGAAAAAGUAAUAUGAAAUGAGCUAUUUAUUUUUCUUCUCUAAUAUCAAUCUGAUAUCCUCUAAGUACAAAGGAAACAGUUGUGCUCUCAAAAUGGCAAGCAUUUUUCUCUUUAAAUUCAACUGGAACCUUAAAAAGUAUUAUUUGAAUUGCAUGGCUUUACUCAAAUUAGCCUGAAAUAUUUCAAAAUCAUACGCUGAUUGUUAUCUGUUUUGAAAAAUAAAGGUUAUAUACUGU